AUGCUCGGCUUCGAGAAGAGCGAAGACCUACUUCAGGGGCUCUUGGUCCACCUCGCCUUCUACCAGUAUCAUCUGAGGCCUCAGAGACAGCAAAUGUUGCUAAUAACGCAGCUUUGUGUAAACCUUGUCUACGAUUUGGGCUUGGAUGACCUUCGUGGUUUCCGGCGAGGACUACAGAAAGAGGGUCCGCAAAGUGGUGUUGACAUCUGCAACAGGGCAACGGAGGCCCGACUGUUGCUUGGAGCAUACUAUCUUGCUGCUGUAUAUACCAACAAGCUCAAGAAACGAAGCAUAAUGCCGCACACGAAAAAAAUGACGCACGCAGCUGUAUGGUUAGCAGAACAACAGCAGUAUCCCACAGAUGGGUUGAUACAACACCUUGUCGCCACGCAGGAGCUUUCGCGUCGUAUCCAUGACACCUUCUCUUACGAUAGCUUGGACAACGCUGAACCAAGUGCAGAAGCUAUUACCUUUGCCAUUGUGAAGAGCUUCUUUCAAGAAGUUGACAGACUUGAGAAGGUCGUUCCGUCGUAUUACAAGAACAAUGGUACACUUGAAAGACCCCAUCCAACGCCUGAGAUCGGAAACGCUGACACUACGAAAGUCACUCUGGCAAUGGAAUUUCCUGCGAUGCGGGCAAUGGCCCAAGAGGCCACACUUUAUGAGUUAUUUUGGACUACUGCAAACUCAAGCCAGGCUAUCUCACCAACGAGAGCCAACCUGCUCUGGGAGUCUAUCCAAUCUUAUAAGUCCUUCGUCAGCGGCUUAACCAAGUACGAUAACGACGAGGCCUUUUAUCUUACCUUCGCCACGUUCUCCAAGCUGUGCUCGGUCCUGGCAUGGCUGGCGAAACUGGUUGAUUUCGCGCUUGAAUCUCCACCAGACUCGCAGGAUUGGAGGGGUACAGCAGGAGCAGCAACUAUAAUUUCGCAUCCAUGUGAAUUCAUGAUACAGGCUGAUACAGAGCUACCGCAUUUGCUCCGGCUGACCCAACACAAGCUCAACGCCAUGGCUAAAGGAAUUGUCAAUAGAUCGAGUGAGCCGGACUGUAUGACGACGUUUUCCAUCCUAGUGGGCAGCGUACUCUCUGGCUUUGACAAGCGCAUGGGACAAGUCAACGGUUCGUUGAAUGGUAGUUGUGCGGCAGCCCCUGUUACGGCUGAGGGAGUCAUCCCAGACUUUCAUGUUGGGCAGAGUGUGAGCCCCGCUCAGGCUCCACUCCCAUAG